CGAUUGUGCAAGCAACUAUAAAAAAAAUAUCACCCACAAAAUGGGCUGCAAAUAACGAGCAACAAACGAAAAAAAAACCAAACCAAUAUCAUCAAUUCCCCCAAAAAGAAAGAAGCAAAACCAAGUCUAGCUAGCUAGAAAGUUAGCUAGAAACAGGCCAAAAAAAAUCCACACAUACAUAAUGCUAGCUAGCCAUAUGCUUUAUGUCUUAAUUGCUAGCUGUGCCAUGCCCAUUUUUGGGGCGGCACUGAGUAAGACGGUGCUGUAUCAGGCGCCCGACGAGUGCCGCUGGUCCGGCGGAGGGGAACACGACAUCACCUUGGUCUGUCAUCUGCGGACGAUCAACUCGGAGCUGGAGAACACCAAUUUCAGUGUGAUCCAGCCACAUAAUACGGUCAGAUUACGCCUCGAGUGCAACGAUGCCCUCUUCUUCCAGAGCAGUCUCAGUCCGGAUAGCUUUCGCUCGUUGGUCGAGCUGAGGGAUUUGACCAUUGAGUAUUGUAAGCUGGGCAAUCUGACGGAGGGUUCAUUUCGUGGCCUGCACGAGUUGAGGAAUCUAACGAUACGCACCCACAAUGGGGAUUGGUCAACGAUGUCCCUCGAGAUGGCCUCGAAUAGUUUUGUGGAGUUCCGGCAGCUGGAGAGAUUGGAUUUGAGUCUGAACAACAUCUGGCUAAUACCGGAUGGAAUGGUCUGUCCACUGAAGUCGCUGCAGCAUCUGAAUGCCUCGUACAACAAGAUCCAGGACAUUAGCAACUUUUACUUCAGCAGCGCCUCGCUGACCUCCUCGAGGAAGUCCCGCAUUUGUGGAUCGACGCUGGAAUCCCUCGAUCUGAGUGCCAAUAAAAUGGUCAGUUUGCCGUCGGCCAUGUUGUCGGCACUGGUGCGUCUGACCCACCUGAAUAUGGCCAAGAAUAGCAUGAGCUUUCUGGCUGAUCGGGCAUUCGAGGGUCUCGCAUCUCUCCGGGUUGUGGAUCUGUCCGCCAAUCGGUUGACCUCGCUGCCACCGGAACUCUUUGCGGAGACGAAACACCUGCAGGAGAUCUAUCUGCGGAACAAUUCGAUUAAUGUGCUCGCACCGGGCAUCUUUGGUGAGCUAGCCGAGCUCCUGGUGCUCGAUUUGGCCAGCAAUGAGUUGAACUCACAGUGGAUAAAUGCGGCCACAUUUGUGGGGCUCAAGCAGCUGAUGAUGUUGGAUCUGUCCGCCAAUAAGAUUAGUCGCCUAGAGGCGCACAUCUUUCGCCCCUUGGCGAGUUUGCAAAUACUCAAGCUGGAGGAGAAUUACAUUGAUCAGUUGCCCGCUGGCAUCUUUGCUGAUCUGGGUGAACUGCACACAUUGAUUCUCUCCAACAAUCGCAUCUCGGUGGUUGAGCAGCGAACCCUGCAGGGUCUGCACAGUCUACAGGUGCUCUCCCUGGACUACAAUCGUCUGAGCAAACUGGAUCCACGCUCGCUGCUCAACUGCAGCCAGUUGCAGGAUCUGCAUCUCAAUGAUAAUAAGUUGUUGGCGGUGCCAGAGGCACUGGCUCAUGUGCCACUCCUCAAGACACUGGAUGUGGGCGAGAAUAUGAUCAGUCAGAUUGAGAACACGAGCAUUACACAACUGGAGAAUCUUUAUGGACUCCGCAUGACGGAGAACUCGCUGACCCACAUACGUCGAGGUGUCUUCGAUCGGAUGAGCUCUCUGCAGAUACUCAAUCUGUCGGGGAAUAAGCUCAAGUCCAUCGAAGCGGGUGCUUUGCAGCGAAAUACCCAGUUGCAGGCCAUUCGCCUGGAUGGCAAUCAAUUGAAGAGCAUUGCUGGUCUGUUCAUGGAGCUGCCCAAUCUGGUGUGGCUGAACAUAUCGGGUAAUCGACUGGAGAAAUUCGAUUACUCGCACAUCCCCAUCGGUCUGCAGUGGCUGGAUGUGCGUGCCAAUCGCAUUACCCAACUGGGCAAUUACUUUGAGAUCGAGAACGAACUGAGUCUGAGCACCUUCGAUGCCAGCUACAAUUUGCUCACAGAGAUCACAGCCAGCUCCAUACCGAACAGUGUUGAGGUGCUGUAUCUGAACGACAAUCUGAUUGCCAAGAUUCAACCGUACACGUUCUUCAAGAAACCCAAUCUCACCCGUGUCGAUCUCGUGCGGAAUAAGUUGACCACGCUGGAGCCGAACGCGCUGCGAUUGUCGCCGAUUGGCGAGGAUCGCGAAAUACCCGAAUUCUACAUUGGCCACAAUGCGUACGAGUGCGAUUGCAAUCUCGAUUGGCUGCAGAAGAUCAAUCGGGAGUCACGCACACAGCCGCAGCUCAUGGACCUCGAUCAGAUCCACUGCAAAUUGUCCUAUGCACGCGGCUCCACCCACGUCUCCCUCAUCGAGGCCAAGUCCAACGAUUUCCUCUGCAAAUACGAGUCGCAUUGUUUUGCGCUCUGCCAUUGCUGUGAUUUUCAGGCCUGCGAUUGUAAAAUGGAAUGCCCCGAUCGUUGUGCCUGUUAUCACGAUCAAUCCUGGACCUCCAAUGUGGUCGACUGCAGUCGCGCAUCCUACGAUCGAUCCCUGCUGCCCUCGCACAUCCCAAUGGAUGCGACACAGUUGUAUUUGGAUGGAAACACAUUUGCCGAGCUGCAGAGUCAUGCGUUCAUCGGACGGAAGCGGUUGAAGGUGUUGCACUUGAAUCACUCACGCAUCGAGACGUUGCACAAUCGCACCUUCUACGGCUUGCUCGAGCUGGAGGUGUUGCAGCUGCAGAACAAUCUGUUGCGUGCACUCAACGGCAACGAGUUUCAGGGCUUGGAUAAUCUGCAGGAGUUGUACUUGCAGCACAAUGCGAUUGCUACGAUUGACACGUUGACCUUCACCCAUUUGUACCAUUUGAAGAUCCUACGACUCGAUCACAAUGCCAUUGGCUCCUUUGCCGUGUGGAAUUUCCUGCCCAGCUACCUCAAUGAGCUGCGCCUGGCGGGGAAUCCGUGGAGUUGUCGCUGCGAGUUCAUCGACAAGCUGCGCGACUUUAUGAGCCGGCAUGAGUAUGUCUUGGAUCGCCAGAAGCUUCACUGCGAGAUGCCCUCGAAUAGUACCCAACAACAGCAACAGCAACCCGUACAGAUGGCCAUUUAUGGGGCAACGGGAGACUCGCUGCCCGUGGUGCAGUGCAGCCAAAUGCUGCAACUGGGCCUGGACAACAACUUCAACUAUGCAGAACGUGGGGCAGCAGGAGGCAACGAUGCCAAUGGGGAUGCGAUGCUGAAUGGGAAUAUGACGUCGACAAAGAUGAUCUUGACACAGCCCCCGAAGCAGGAUUAUAUACCCAUCCUGGUGGCCAUAUUGACCGCCUUCAUCUUCAUCAUGAUUUGCACACUGCUGGUGUUCAUCUUUCGCCAGGAGAUGCGUGUCUGGUGUCAUGCCCGCUUCGGUGUCCGACUCUUCUACAAUGGCCAGAAGGAUGUGGACAAGAACGAGCGGGAGAAACUCUUCGAUGCCUUCAUCUCGUACUCCUCCAAGGAUGAGCUGUUCGUUAAUGAAGAACUGGCACCGAUGCUGGAGUUGGGCGAGCAGCGCUACAAGCUCUGUUUGCAUCAGCGAGACUUUCCCAUCGGUGGCUAUUUGCCGGAGACAAUUGUCCAGGCCAUCGACAGCAGUCGACGGACCAUCAUGGUCGUCUCCGAGAACUUCAUCAAGUCCGAGUGGUGUCGCUUCGAGUUCAAAUCGGCGCAUCAAUCGGUGCUCCGGGAUCGUCGCCGGCGUCUCAUCGUCAUUGUGCUCGGUGAGGUGCCGCAGAAGGAACUGGAUCCCGAUCUGCGUUUGUAUCUGAAGACCAACACCUACUUGCAGUGGGGCGACAAGCUCUUCUGGCAAAAGCUACGCUUUGCUUUGCCCGAUGUCUCAGCCUCCUCCGCUGCCUCCGCAGCAGCAGCAGCAGCCGCCUCAUCGCAUGUCCAGCGUUCCGGUCAAUCCUGUCAUGCGGCCAUGAAUCAUCCCGCCUAUCAUCAUCAUCAUCAUCAUCAUGUGCAGCAGCAGCCGUUGCCGUUGCCUCUGCCUCUGCCAUUACAUGGUGGGCAUCCAGUGCAGCAUCCACAUCCGCAUCAUCAUCUGCAACAGCAGCAACAGCAACAGCAGCAGCCGCAGUUCAUGUUGCCCCCGCCACCGACUCUGCAGCCGGGCAGCUUCCGGCGGCAGCCUUCAACACAGCAGUCGCAUCGCCCAAAUGCCACAAGCAACAACAACAACAGCAGCAACAACUGCAACAAUCCACAGCAGCAGGCAGCGUUGCUGAUGGGUGGUGCAAGUGGUGCCAGUGUUGGUGGUGGUGGUGCUGGCAAUCUGAUUGCUGGCGGCGCCCAGCCACAAAUGAUUCCCCUGGCGGGUGGCAUUCAACAGCAGAGCUUGCCACUGCCGCCGCAGGUGACGUCAACGCAGCCAACGCCAGCGUCUCGUAAUUUGCAUAUGUGAGAGUAAGUGAGACAAAAGUCAGAAAGAGAGAGAGAGAGAGAGAGAGAGAGCGAGUGUUGGGAAUAGUUGAAACAAAUCAAUGUUGAAGCUUUUGAAUUAAGCACAACAAAAAUGCAAGCAAGUCAAACUUUAUAAAAAGACAGUUCAACUUCAAUUUUGAGUCUGAAAAGCAAAAGUGGUUGUAGAGAGAACGAGAGAGAGACAGAGCGAGAGAAAAGAUAAUGAUUAAGUUGUUGCAACAAUUGAAAUAGAGAGGAAUCGCUACUAAAAUAAAUUAUAAUUGAAACAAAUUAAUGUUGCAGCUGUUGAGUUAAGCGCAACACAAAUGAAAGCAAGUCAAACUUUUAAAAAAGGCAGUUUAAGUUUAAAAUUAAUUAAAUUCAAAUUGAGUUCUGUUUUGGGCGACUUACUUUAACUCGUAAAGACAAGGACAGAGAUAGAGAUAUGUGGUUAACACAAAGCAAACCGAAUUAAAUCCAGUUUUUGAAUUGCAUUCGGUUUGUGCUCGGUUUUUUUGGUUUCGGUUUUGGUUUUUCAAAACCUGUUUGUAGCGCCAGCCAGGAGCAAAGCGCACAAUUUGGCAAAGGGGAUUGAUUCUGGAAAAGCUUGAGGAAAUCCACCCCUCGAAAUGAAAUGAGAUGAGAGUCACAGCCAGAGAGUCACAAUCACAAUCACAGUCAGAGUCAGAGUCAGAGUCACAGCCAAUAUGCAAAUGAAAAGCGUUUAGCGAUAAAAGCCUAGUUACAUGUUAAAAUAGCAGCAGGAACAACCACAAUUGCAACAGCAACAGCAACAAUUGCAGCUAAGGGGCAGGCAAACGAGUAACAGAUAGAAUGAAGAAAAAAAAAAAACCCAACAGUCGGCCAAGUCUGUGUUGCAAGUGGGGCAAGGGGAAGAGUUGCUCUCGAGCGGUAUCUAAAUAGCCGGCAACACGGGGGAGCCGAGCCAAUUGUUGUUGGCCCUGUUCUGUUUUCUUACGGCCAGCUAUUUUCAGUGUUUCCUGGCUCGUAGCAAGAUUCACAAAAUUGAUGUUGCAUGCAACAACACACACCAAAAGCAACAGCAAUAGCAACAGCCAA